AGGCUCCUGGGGCUGAGUCUAAAUCACUCAUCCUUGGUUAAAGCUGAGCUCACAGCAGAAUAAGCCACCAUGAGGCUGUCGGUGUGUCUCCUGCUGCUCACGCUGGCCCUUUGCUGCUACCGGGCAAAUGCCGUGGUCUGCCAAGCUCUUGGUUCUGAAAUCACAGGCUUCUUAUUAGCUGGAAAACCUGUGUUCAAGUCCCAACUUGCCAAAUUUAAGGCACCUCUGGAAGCUGUUGCAGCCAAGAUGGAAGUGAAGAAGUGCGUGGAUAAGAUGGCCUAUGAGAAAAGAGUGCUAAUUAUAAAAACAUUGGGAAAAAUAGCAGAGAAAUGUGAUCGCUGAGAUGUAGAAAGUUUUAAUGCUAGUUUCCACCAUCUUUCAAUGAUACUCUGAUCUUCACUGCAGAAUGUAAAGGUUUCAACGUCUUGCUCUAAUAAAUCACUUGCCCUGAA